AUGUUCCCGGAUGAGCUCAAGGGCCUGACGCCGGUGGAGGAGAAGCUGAUCGCGCUGAACUCGUGCUAUGGGUUCGUCACAAGGUACAACGUCUCAGGCGGCCCGAAGCAGACGUUGAGAUAUCCCAAGCACGUCAAGGGCCACAUCACGGUGUUCCCGAACAACGUGCAGGAAUUGCUGACGAAGGUGCUGCCGCACCCAUUCUUCCGGGUAAUGGACGAGAUCCACGUCUCGUGGCAGGGUGCGGUAAGGCCGACACCGAGUGACUUGUCGGGUCUGCUGUCGGUGAGGCGGCGUGUCGUCGAGAGGGCCCUCAUCUGGUUGAAGAGGAACAACCCACACUACGCCGAGAUCGAGAUCGACGUGGCGGAGAUGGAGAGUUGGGGAGACCCGGCCCACGGGGUGCCGCCGUUGGUGUACGGGCGCCUGGAGCGGAACGAGCCGUCGGCGUGGGAGAAGACGAGGACGGCGCACGUCGUGCCGCCCACGGAGCGGGCCAUGGACGACGAGGGGGCGGUAGAGAUCGAAGAAGUCCUCGCUCUGCUGAACCAAGGGGAAAGCAGGACGAGUCGCGAGGCCGGCGAGCCAGGGUCAAACGAGGCGCACGAGGCGCACGGCCAGAGCGACGGCGAGACCGGUGAUGAUGCGAAGACGAUCAACGAGGUGACCUCGUCGGGAAUGUUUGCGCUGGACGGACCGCCCGACGUAGCCGACGUCGACAAAUUGCGCUUCGCAUGCGAUGCCGUCCGCGACGGCGCAGCCGACGGCGGCACGGACCCGAGAACGGGGUCGAAUCCUCGGCAAGGGGGCAGCCGGGGCAUGCCGAUGGUUCUGAACCGUACAUUCAUAUUCGCCGUGGGGAUGAAUUCGCCGACUCGGCCGCGAUCGGUCGAUGAAGCGACCCUACAUCUGGGCAGAGGCGGCGCCAACACGCGCGAGCCGGAGGUGGGGACGCAGGACCUCGUGUCGUCCCGGAACAUGAGCCUUCGGACGUGGGCCGACACGGUGCUGCGACGCCACGGCGGCCGGUUCGCGACGCACCACAUCUUCGCGUUCCUCGCCUUCAACAUGGGCGUGCGGUCGAGAAACCGUCGAGUCAGCAUGCUGAGCGUGACGAGGAAGAACUUCGGCAACGUGGAGCGCAUCGUACGGUCGCUGACCGCAGACGGAUUAGCGGCAGCCAGGGCCGAGCUGGAGAGCACAGGCAAGACGACCGACGACGCCGUGAAGGAGCUCCUCAGGAGCCUUUCGCUGUAUGGUUAUCGCCAGCCCAUGUCCCGAGAGCUCCGUCUCAGCAUGCGGCACAAGAUCCUGGCGCUCAUCGUCCGCUACGGCGUGCCCGCGAUCUGGUUCACGAUCAACCCAAAUGACAUUACGAACCCAGUGAAGCUCCGGCUGGCAGCGUACCGCACGCGCGACCCCGAGGCGGCCGAGGCGUUCCUGCGAAGCCUCGAUAUGUCGUUCAAACGGGUCCGGCUAUCCGUCUCCGACCCGAUGAGCUCGGCCAUGUUCUUCCAUCGCGAGAUGGCGCUGUUCUUCGAGCAUUACGUAAAUGCAGGGGGGGAGUCGGUGUUCGGGCGCAUCAGCCAGUAUUACGGUGCCGUGGAGACCAACGAACGAGGCUCCCUUCACGUCCACGGGCUGCUCUGGCUACACGGGAACGCGCACCUGGGCUCGAUGCUCGCCGACGCCCACGGCGAGGAACAGGCGGCGUACCGCGAGCGGAUCGUCCGCUAUGUCGAUAGCGUCUUCUGCGAGGACCUGGACCAGGAGGGUUUUGCGCCUGCCGAGCGGUUCUCGGCCGCAUUCGAAGAGGAAGCCAACUUCUGCGCCGGCGCGACGCAGAUCCACACCCAUAGUCCGACAUGCGUCAAGUACUCCCUGGGCGACAAGGGACGAAAGGGCGACCUCUGUCGCUUCAAGGCGCCAUGGAAGCUGGUGGAGAAGACGGCCUUCUCGCCGGACGGCGUGCUGCGGAUCCGUAGGACGCAUCCCAUGGUGAAUCGAUGGAAUAAGGCCAUCGCCGUGGGGCUCCGCCACAACCACGACAUCUCCUUCAUAGCGACGCAGCGGAAGACCACGGCGCUCGUCUACUACGUCACGAACUACGCGACCAAGGUAGAGGACCCGACGUGGAAGCGCGUCGCCGCCGCCGCGGAUCUACUGCCCGUCGUCUCGGCCGGGGAGGACGCCGGAAGUGGCGUCGUGGGCGGUGAUGAUGGAACCAAGAACAAGACACGGCAGUUUCUGAUGAGAGUGGCGAACCGUGUCUUCACGGAGCGGGCUCUGUCCCAAGUCGAGGUCGUCGCCCAUCUGCUAGGGUACCCAAGCGAGUUCACGAGCAGCAGCGCCUGGGCGUACCUAAACGUGUCGGUGCUCUACUGGCACGUCUCGAGACGGUGGCGACACCUUCGACAGGAGAGCGGCACCGCGGUCGCUGACGUGUCCGUAGAUGAGUCGGUCGUCGUGGAAGAAGCGGGCGAACGGAUCAGCUUCGCCGAGGCGUACCAUCAUCGCGGAAACGUCCUACGAGGCUUAUGCCUAUACGACUACGUUUCGCUCGUCAGGCUCCAACGCGUCGGCAAGGACGGGUGUUCCGGUGCCUGGGGAGAGGUGGCGUUCGAGAGCGGCUGGGUGGCGGGUAAAGACUGGGUGCAGGUAUUGAGGCGGCCGGGGAAGCAUGCCGUCGUCUGCCUUGACGGGUACCUAAGCAAGGAUUUUGAAGAGGACGACGAGGAUCAUGCCAUCGCAGGGCAGCCCGAGGAGCGAGGCGACAUCAACGACAUAUGGAGGCGCGCGCGGGAGCAGCUUCCGCCGAGAACCUCGUGCCUCGUCGACAACGUUCAAUUGCUCAGGCGUUCCGCCGAGGACGCCAAGCGAGACGCCAAGCAAUGGGCAGCCUCGUCCGGCGACGGGGAGGGAGGGCAGGGCCAGGGCCAAGCGGAUCACGAGGCGGCAUCGGCGUACCAGUCGGACGACGUCGGAAUGGCGACGCGACUGAUUGACGUCGUGCGAAGCGCGGCCGGGGCGAACCAGAUCACGGCGGGAUCGCAGGAGCUUUCGGGAAUGAUGCAGCAGCUCUGCCGCUUCCAACAAUCCGCACUAGCCUCGACGGCCGAGCUCCAGGCCACCAUGGUGACCGAACGGGGUGGGAGGUACAUCAACAUGCCCGGCCAGGUGUUCUCCGGGGCCGCCGUGCCGCCGCAGGAUCAGGCGAUCGCCUUCUCGAUAAUAUGCCGCCACCUGGACUCGAUGCGGGAAAGAGACGGAGGCGACGUCAGCCAGCUCUGCCAGUUCGUCGGCGGCGAGGGCGGCACCGGCAAGUCGCGCGUCAUCGAAGCACUCGUGGGCCUCUUCGCCGCCAAGGGUAUCUCGAGUCGCCUGCUGGUCACGGCGACGUCGGGGACCGCCGCCGCGCGGUCAACGGCAUCACCAUCCACUCCGCCUGCGGCUUCACCAGGACCAAGGGCCGGGCGAGAACACGGCGAGGAACGUCGACGGCACGUGCUCGUCAUCGACGAGGUGAGCAUGCUCGGCGCGCGGACGCUGCACGCCGUCAACGAGCGGCUCUGCCAGCUCCGGGGAUCGCGGCGGGACUUCGGCGGCAUCCCCAUCGUCCUCUUCUGCGGGGACUUCCACCAGUUCCGCCCGGUCCAGGAGCGGUCGAUCCUGCUGCCGAGCGCCGCCGUCUCGUGGGACGAGGACAGCUCGUUCAGGGCCGAGCAGCGCCACCAGCACGACAGGGCGCACGCGCUGUGGAGGCGGUUCACGACCGUCGUCAUGCUGGACGAGCAGAUGCGCGCCGCCGGCGACCCGGAGCUGCAGGGGCUCCUGCGGCGGAUCCGACGGGGCGUGCAGGACCACGCGGACCUGGAUCUCCUCAACUCGAGGUGCCACCGGGAAGGCAGGCGGAUCCCGUGGGAAACGGGCAUCACGGUGGUGACGCCGCUCAACAGGAACCGGUGGAACCUCAACAUGGAGGCGAGCCUGGCGUUCCAGAUCCAGCAGCGGUCGACGGUGCGCAUCUUCCUCUCCGAACACAAGUGGAAGGACGGCCUGCCGACCGAGGAAGAGGCCAUCACGAUGCUGAACCAGGGCGACGACAGCGCGAUCCCGGUGCCGGCCGUCUUCAUGUUCGUGCCGGGGAUGCCGGUCGUCGUGAACCACAACACUCACCAGGGGCUGAAGCUGGUGAACGGCGCCGGCUACACGGCGGCGGAGGUCAUCAUCGACAAGGCGUACCCGGGGCAUCGGAUCUCGGCCGACAUGACGAUCCACUUCGGGCCGCCGGCGGCGAUCAUACUGGGGGUCCAGCGUCAGCGGAAGCGACCGUGGCAGCAGAACGACGUCAGCCGCAAGGGCCUGCCGUGCGCCGCCGCCUUCGCGUGCACCGAUUACAAAGUGCAGGGGGGGACGCUGGAGCGCGUGGCGCUCGAGCUGCGGGGGACGAGGACGACCAACGUCGGCGGACGCGCCGUCCCGUCGCAGUGCGACCCGUACAGCCUGUACGUGCAGCUAUCGCGGUGCCCGACGCUGGACGGCAUCAUGCUCGUGUCGAAGGUGCGGGAGAGGGACCUGGUGGGAAACCGGGUCCCCGGGGAGAUGACCGCCGCACAGGCGAGACUGGAGGAACUAAGCGACAGAAGCGUUCGGGAGGCGCUGUGCUGGCUCGGCGACGACUUGGACGCCGCGAGGCAAGAGAGGGAAGGCUUGGUAGGCACGACGUCGUCGGACGCCGCGGGAACGGCUGACCGCGGGAACGGCUGA